CAAUGCGACUUCAAGGACCAGCCGGCUCGCCAUAACUGGGCAGCAUGUCCAUCGUGUACACGCUUGUGGCUCGUCAGCAGAACGUGCUGUGCGAGCACACAGAUCAGAGCGGCAACUUCCCCACAGUCACACGUGCUGUGCUUAAGAAUCUGGCGCAGCACGAGCCCAGCGCAUCGGCUCCGGCCUCCAAGAGUGUGUUCCCGUACAACGAGUUCAAUUUCUUUUUCCUGUACGAUGAUGGAAUCACGUACAUGUGUAUGGCAGAGGAGCGUGUGCACGCGAAUGUGGCGUUCAUGAUGCUGGCGGAAAUGCAGACCAUGUUCCUGGCCAAGUACAAGCAGCAGGCGCAGACAGCACUGGCGUAUGCCAUGACCUCCUUUAACCCGACGCUCGACUCGCUCAUGAAGAAAUACGAUAACUACAAAUUGGAGACGCCAAUGUCGAUGGUUCGGCAGAAGAUGGAGCGUGUUAAGACUCUCAUGAUAGACAACGUCAACCAGUUGAUGGAACGAGGAGAAAAGAUCGAGCUGCUGGUCACGAGAACGAAUAAACUACAGCAGGAUGCAAUGAAGUAUGAAAAAUCGGCAAAGAAGCUCAAGAAUGCGUUUUGGUGGAUGAACGUCAAGUACUGGAUCUACGUCACCUUGGCCUUGGCUGUACUUGCGCUUAUCGUGACGUUCAUGAUUUGUGGGACUGACUUGUCCAGUUGUGCGGCACGGAUUGGAAGCCAGGCAGAAGACGGAAUAGACAAGGUCGCAGCUAAAGCCUCCGGGGCGACAGCUGAUGCCAUGGACAAAGCAUCUACGGGUAUCGCAGGCGGCAGUUAGUUAGGUGAAACUAAUGGAACCCUUUUUUGGUCUUUUCAUUAGUUGGUAAGAGCACUAACGCCGUAGACUUGUCUGCUGAACGUCGAAAGCUAUGACACUGUGCCCACUUAUCACCAG